UCAAAAAAAAAAAAAAAAAAAGAUAAACAGAGUAGAGAGAGAAAGAGAGGAGACCCAUAUCGCGACCCAUAUCGCCGAUUUCUGUGUGUGCCGACGAGGCUCGUGCUGGUUCUGUGUGUGCGGGUGCUUCCGCUGCUGCUGUGUGUGCCAGACGGGUUGCCAUUGCUGCUGUGCGUGGCGACGCUGCUGCUGUGUGUCCAAAGGGUGCGAUGCUGCUGCUGUGUGAACGGUGUGGCUGCUCUUACAGGGAACAAUAUGGGCAAUUUUUAUGAACAAGUUUUUAGACAUUGGAGGUACUCUGCUGGGAGGGAUUCUGCCUCUAAGGAAUUAUUCUUCUGGCUAUUUGAUCAUGUGUGCUUACAAACAAAUGUGAAUGUUUGAGUGGAUUUUGUAGAAUUUGGCUUGUUUUUAAGUUUUUUGGAAGGAGGUGUUUUGGACAUUCAUUUCAAACAGACCCACAGUUAAACAUUGACAUUGAUUUAAAACAGACCCCACAUUUGAAAAUGAACAGGGACAACAUAAUGUUGAAUUUGAAUUGAACUUGCUUUGUUUACUGUUUGAAGUAAAUGUAUCAUAAUCAUUCAUACCAGUGAAUUGAGUUUCUUUGUGUUAUUAUUGGUUUGAAGAAUUUGUAUUUGUAUUGUUAAACUUAAAUUGAGUUUCUCUCUAAAUGUCUAUUUUAUUUCACUUUGAAGCUACAAUGGAUAUUGACUCAAACAAUAAUUCAUUCAAUGUGAGUGAGGAAGUUGAAGAACAUGAUAACAAUCUUGAAUUUAAUGAGAGCGAUGAAGUUGAAGAACCGAAGAAGGGGAUGUAUUUUAACUCAAAGCAAGAAGUGUACGCAUUUUAUGCAAAAUAUGCGAAACAACUUGAAUUUGCUAUAGCUUAUAGAACACAAAAUGUAACAACGGAUGGGGAAGUGAAGUACUUUGGAAUUGAAUGUACUUGGGCUAGGAAUAGAACAAAAAGAUUAGAAGUAAAUCCCCUGGAACCAUCUUUGUCAUCAAAAAUUGAUUGUAAAGCAAGGGUAAGAGCCAGUCUACAAACUAAUGGAAGAUAUAAGUUAACCACAGUUGUGCUUGAGCACACUCAUGAUUUGAUUCUUACUGACUCACAGCAUUUUGCAAUGAAUAAGAGGAUUCUUACUUCGGUGAAAAGGAGAUUAGAAGUUAAUGAUGCAGCAGGGAUUGGGGUGGCUAGGAAUUUUCAUUCUAUAGUUGUUGAAGCGGGGGGAUAUGAGACAUUAAUGUUUGAUGAACGAGAUGCAAGAAAUUAUAAGUUGCAUGUCAGAUGCUCUCCCCAAAAGCUAUAAUAACUGACCAGUGUAGAGCAAUGCAAAAUGCCAUAGAAAUUGUCUUCCAACAUGCUCAACAUCGUUGGUGUUUAUGGCACAUAAUAAAGAAAAUUCCAGAGAAAUUGAGAGGAUAUUCGCAAUAUGAAUCCAUUAAGGCUGUUUUGAGUGAUGCAGUUUAUGAUUCAUUCACAAAAGAUGAAUUUGAUGAAUAUUGGGAAGCAAUGAUUACAAAAUUCAAUUUGAAUGAUAAUGAGUGGUUGGGGGUAUUAUACUGUGAGACAUAGGUGGAUUCAUGCCUAUGUGAAAGACAUAUUUUGGGGUGGCAUCUCCUCGAUAAUCAGGAUCAAUAUCAAAGCCAC